GGAAGGAAAGUAAAACCGAAUCCCACCUUUUAUUCCCCUAUAAAAUGUGGGAGGUUUCUUGUUUUGCAAAACACAAAAAAGUUUGCAGCUUUUGCCUGUUUUGGUUUCUGGGUUGUUUUUAUUUUCUGGGUUUCAUUGGAGGACUGCAGUGUGAUUUGCAGAGGAGAAUAGUGGUGGGUUUUCGAUUUGGAGAUCGAAAAAAGGUCGGAGCUUUGAUGGGGAGCGUAGUGGAGGAGAUAAGCAACGGUGGUGGCCACUCAGUGGUGAAUGUGGAAAGUAAGGCUGACUUUGGUGGAGGUCUUGUGGACGUGUACGGUGAGGAUUGUGCCACCGAGGAUCAGGUUCUCACACCAUGGACUGCCUCUGUUGCCAGUGGUUACACAUUGCUGCGUGAUCCACACUACAACAAAGGUCUUGCCUUCACCGAGAAGGAGAGGGAUGCACAUUACUUGCGCGGCCUUCUGCCUCCAACCGUCCUAACCCAGGAGCUUCAGGAGAAGAAGCUGAUGCAGAAUCUUCGCCAAUAUGAAGUUCCGUUGCAUAGGUACAUUGCCAUGAUGGAUCUUCAGGAGAGAAAUGAAGGGCUGUUUUAUAAGCUUUUGAUUGACAAUGUUGAGGAACUGCUUCCUGUUGUGUACACGCCAACAGUUGGUGAGGCUUGCCAAAAAUAUGGGAGCAUUUUCAGGCAUCCUCAGGGUCUUUAUAUCAGUUUGAAAGAGAAGGGAAAGAUCCUUGAAGUACUAAAGAACUGGCCGGAGAGGGGUAUUCAAGUUAUUGUCGUGACUGAUGGGGAACGUAUUUUGGGGCUAGGUGAUCUUGGCUGCCAGGGCAUGGGGAUUCCUGUUGGAAAGCUCUCUUUGUAUACUGCACUCGGAGGAGUUCCUCCUUCAGCGUGCUUGCCUAUAACCAUCGAUGUUGGAACAAACAACGAGAAGUUGCUGAAUGAUGAGUUUUACAUUGGGAUUAAGCAAAGGAGAGCAACUGGACAGGAAUAUGCGGAGCUUCUCGAAGAAUUCAUGACUGCAGUUAAGCAGAAUUAUGGGGAGAAAGUCCUAGUUCAGUUCGAAGAUUUUGCAAACCACAAUGCAUUUGAACUGCUGGCUAAAUACAGCAAGACUCACCUUGUCUUCAAUGAUGACAUUCAGGGAACGGCAUCUGUGGUCUUAGCAGGGCUCGUUGCUUCCUUGAAAUUACUUGGUGGAACAUUAGCUGACCAUACCUUCUUAUUUCUGGGUGCUGGAGAGGCUGGAACCGGAAUAGCAGAGCUUAUAGCUCUUGAGAUAUCAAAAAAGACCGGCGCUCCAUUGCAAGAAGCUCGCAAGAAGAUUUGGCUUGUGGAUUCUAAGGGACUGAUUGUUAAAUCUCGCCUAGGAUCACUUCAACACUUUAAGCAGCCUUGGGCUCAUGAUCAUGAACCAAUAAAGGAACUUGUAGACGCCGUGAAGGCAAUCAAGCCAACAGUGCUGAUAGGAACAUCUGGUGUGGGAAAACAGUUCACGAAGGAGGUCGUUGAGACCAUGGCCUCCUUGAAUGAGAAACCACUUAUCCUUGCUCUUUCCAACCCAACAUCGCAAGCUGAGUGUACCGCUGAAGAAGCUUACACAUGGACAAAGGGUCGAGCAAUCUUUGGCAGUGGAAGUCCAUUUGAUCCUGUCAAAUACGAGAACAAACUCCUAGUGCCUGGCCAGGCCAACAACGCGUACAUAUUCCCCGGUUUUGGCUUGGGAUUGAUCAUGGCUGGUGCCAUUCGUGUACACGAUGACAUGCUUUUGGCAGCCUCUGAAGCUCUGGCCACGCAAGUUUCCGAGGAACACUACGCCAAAGGAAUGAUCUACCCGCCAUUUACCAACAUCAGAAAGAUAUCAGCCAACAUUGCAGCUAAGGUCGCUGCUAAGGUCUAUGAACUCGGUCUGGCUUCUAAUCUGCCUCGACCAAAAGAUCUCGUCAAGUAUGCAGAGAGCUGCAUGUACAGCCCGCGCUACAGAAGUUACCGUUGAAUUCCGCCUGUUUCGUGGUCUGCAACUUCUACGAUCCACCAUUUUUUUUUACCACUAAAAAUUUGAAUUCAUUUGGUUGUUUUGUUGGUAGGAGGGCACUUUUGUUCCUAGCUUUAUUUCCACUAGAACUUGCCAAGUUUUUGUUAUUUUUUCUUCCAAUUUAGGAAGAUUAUAUUUAUUUUUCUGCCAAAAAAUGGAGCAAUAAUCGAUUGUAAACGCCUCUUACCAUUUGAUGACUUGACAUAGGACUCGUUCGGAAGUGAUUUUGAGAUUGUCAGAAUCACUUCUAAUGAGAAGCAUCACUGUUGUUUCCAA